CCCGAUAUUUGGAGUGGGGAAUGGGAGUCAUCGUUGAACACCAUAACACCAUCUGCAUUUUGCGUUUUGCAUUUUGUUCAUUAUAACACAAACAGCAUGACCAGCUGGGCAUGACGUGCGAAUUAAAUCUGGUAUAAAUACAAAACAGCAUCUAAAAUAUAUGGAAUUUUUCUUUUUACCUCUCCCAACAAGCAAAUUACCCGGCAAAUUAUGUCAUAGUAUUCUACGAAAGUAUUCUACGAAGAAUUGAUACAAUCUCUCAAUUACCUAUUAUUCGCUUAACUUCUAAGUACUUACUUCGCUACUACCUAAGGUAUUUUAUAAUACCUCCAUCUUCCAUCUCUCUCAUCUCUUUCUUCCUCUCUCUAUAUAUCUUGCCCAUUGUACGUCCGAAAGUGUCCGUUAUACGAAAAGAUGGCACAGGAAUCCGAAGCCGGAAACCGGGCAAAAAAAUAUGAAAGAAUUCGGCAGCAACCUGAGAACCCGUUUGCGAGUUUGAUUCCAGACCAGGAAAUUGCUAUCAUUCCGGAUUUUACCCUUGAAUCUGGAGUCACUCUGCACAAUGUGCCAUUGGCGUAUACAACGCGAGGAAAGCUGUCUCCCAAUGCAGACAAUGCUAUGGUCAUUUGCCAUGCUUUGACGGGCUCAGCCGAUGUUAGCGACUGGUGGGGGCCUCUCCUCGGCGGUCCUGGUCGAGCAUUUGACAUUUCCAGAUUUUUUGUUGUCUGUAUGAACAGUCUGGGCAGUCCCUAUGGCACGGCCAGUCCGGUAACCGCCAAGGAUGGCAAUCCAAACAACGAAAGAUACGGUCCUGAAUUCCCUCUUACCACCAUAAGAGACGAUGUCAACUUGCAUAAGCUUCUUCUUGACGACUUGGGUGUACGCCAGGUGGCUGUCGUUGUCGGUGGAUCUAUGGGUGGUAUGCUUGUGCUCGAGUGGGCGUAUUUCGGUAAAGAUUAUGUCCGAAGUAUUGUUCCAAUCGCUACUUCAAGCCGUCAUAGCGCUUGGGGAAUUAGUUGGGGCGAGGCUCAGCGGCAGAGCAUAUAUGCAGAUCCAAAGUAUGACGAUGGGUAUUACCCCUUUUCCGAUCCGCCUACGACCGGCCUUGGUGCUGCCCGUAUGUCUGCCCUUUUGACUUAUCGGAGCCGGAAUUCCUUUGAGGCAAGGUUUGGACGCAAUAUCCCAGACCCGGCUAGGCGCCAGACCAUCAGGGAAAGACCCCGCCCGAGCACUCCAUCCGAAGCUCAUUUUCACAUUCACAAUGACGGGCACAAGACAAAUCGGCAAUCAAGGAACAACAGUCAUACUAGCGGGACUGCUGUGAGCAUACAUGACGAUACCAAUGGUCAAUCACUCGAUCCCCAAUUCUCCGGCCCGAAGACAGACGUUUCUGAUAAAGGAGAUAUGUUACCGACGACGACUUAUUUCUCAGCACAGUCAUAUCUUCGCUACCAAGGCGAGAAAUUUGUCAAACGCUUUGACAGUAACUGUUACAUUGCCAUCACCAGGAAGUUGGACACUCACGACGUUUCUCGAUACCGCGCUAACAGCGUUGCCGAGGCACUGGCUCUCAUUGAGCAGCCCACGCUGGUUUUAGGUAUUGAAAGCGACGGGCUCUUCACAUUUGCCGAACAGCAGGAAUUGGCGGAGCAUAUCAAAAAUGCCCGACUUGAGAAAAUUGACAGCCAGGAAGGUCACGAUGCGUUCCUGUUGCAAUUCGAACAAGUCAACAAGUAUAUCUUAGAGUUCCUAUACGAGACGUUACCGGACAUUAUGGCUAGAGAAGGCGAGCAGAUGGAGGCAGCUAGCGUCGGCAAGUUAACUAAGUCAAGCACUUUCGGAGAGGCAGAAGUAGAAGUAGAAGAUAUCACAGCGUGGUAGAUAGCUCGUGCGCAAAGACAACGCCAAACAAUUCGAUAGUAGAGUUAUUCGAAUUAAAGCGAUGCUUUUUCAACCUUGAUUUUGAUGGUUUGAUCAUGUUUCGAAAUAGGGCGAUGCAUUAGGUACUAAGCAGCGUUGGGGGUUAAAAGUUCAUAUUGUACAAUACAAUAUAAUACAACACAGGACGUGCCUGUCUAGUUGUCCCGACUUACUGGGUAAAGACAGCCAGCGUCAAAUCAGACAUGCUCCCCAUGACAUGCGCAUUCAACUGAAACUAUCACGGUAGCAUCCGCUGCGAGUAGUGUGGGGUGAGCAAAAAGAGGAAUAUAAAGAGAUGAAUAGAAGCGCAUGGUCUCCUAAUUGAGUAUUGUUAUAAGGCUAGGAUUUAAUUUUAAACCUUCU